UGAAGGAGUGCCGUGCCGACUAGAAGUGGACACAGGGUCAGCGAUCACAAUCAUGUCCUGGGACACUUUUGCAAAAGCUUUACCGAGAAUCGCCAAACGAAAACUGCAAACACAACGGCUACGAGUGCACGACUACCAAGGGAAUCGAAUCCCUGUUCGAGGGACCACCUCCGUCCGCGUCGAGUACGGACCACACAAGAAGACCCUGCCCAUCACGAUAGUCGAAGGGACCCUGCCAAGUCUGUUGGGACUAGACUGGUUCCGUGCAUUGGGCAUGGGAGUGACUGGCAUCUACAGAAGUGACUUUAACCUAAAAGACACACUCAUGAACGAGUUCGAAGAUGUCUUCAAGGACUGCCUGGGCAAGUACAAGGGGACCCCUAUUUCCUUCAAUUUAGACCCCCAGGUAGCCCCCAUUAGGUUAAAGGCAAGGAGAGUCCCUUUUGCCCUUAAACCCAAGAUUGACAAGGAGAUAGACAAGCUCAUCAGUCAGGGGAUUCUGGUGCCAGUCGAUCACGCAAAGUGGGAGACGCCAAUCGUCACCCCAGUGAAACCAGAUGGG